CGGACGUAGCGGUAGGUCUCUAUAGGUCAGUCAAUGCUCGUUGCCCACUACAAAGUGCGAGGAGCUUCAUGUGAAAAGAAGCUAAAACGUCCCAUUCGCAUCUUAGUGGUGAAUAGCGCCUCGUGGGAGUAACAGCUUGUUUGCUUUCUCGGUCAUUGUAAUCGGUAGUGUGAAUAAUACGUUAUGACACUGUGUCUUUCUCUGGGGCCAUCGUCAUGGCGGGAAACUAGCCUGGACUAUCUGCUGUUUCUCACAUCGAUUUUGUGCUUUCAGCAUUCUUCGUACAGUGCAAGUUGUCACCUACAGCUUCAGCGGAAUUUCACACUCAACGAAUCUCCACCACUGGUUCAAAUGCCAGUCGUCGAACUGAACAGUCCAGGCUGUGGUGGGCACGCUACAUUCAGUGAAACGAAAAGUGGCUCUCGUGCGUCAACACAAUAUUUGCCAUGGAUGGUGCUGCUGGUCACCAGGACCUUGUCGGGUGUUUACCGAUACUGCAGUGGCACUAUUAUCACCGAAAGACACGUGUUGACUGCUGGCCACUGCACAUUUUAUACAAAAGAAGAUCCCGUUUCCAGUAUCAAGGUGUACUACGGAAUGAAGGGCUUAAAAGGGCCCUACAAACAAGCUGCCCGUUUUUUGAGGCAUCCUAGAUUUGACAUUUCAAGUCUACGCAACGACAUUGCAAUCCUAAUGGUUGACAAGUGCUUUGCGCUUGAAAAGAAUACGGCAAGCGUUUGCCUUCCAGUGAAUCAUGUGGAUAUGGAGCGAAAGCAGUUCUCAGAAGUCUACUGGCAAGUGGAAGAGAACGGUGCGGCUACCAUAUUCGCAGACAUCCUGAGCGUCUACAAAGCAUCUUCCUGCCGGCUGCGCCUUGGUGACACUACUUUCGAAAGCAGAGCCUCGUUCUGUGGCACAGGAGCGGCCACAUGUAGGGAAAACCAACUCGAUGACUCCGCCGGACCGGUGUUCACUCGAGGUACAAAUGGCAGAACUCUACAAGUCGGCAUCCUGUCCUAUUCUGCAGAUUGCGCCUCAAGAUCGGCAACAAAAGUUUUUACACGUCUUGACGUCUACGUACCGUGGAUCCAGCAGAAUAUAGCAAUGCACGAAAAAUAUGAGCCACUUCUUCUGGCGGUCCUGUAAUAAUAUUUACGAAAUAAAACGAAAAAAGAACC